AUGGAGUCGUCGCAUGGUUGUAGAGUGGUGGUGCCGAUUGAUUUGAAGAAGAAACCACGGCAACAGAAACCCCCUCUUCACAAUCGAUGGCAUCCCGACAUACCUCCAGUUGCAGAGGUUAGAACCGGAGAGGUAUUCAGGGUAGAGAUGGUGGAUUUCAGUGGGGGUGGCAUAACAAAAGAGUACACUGCUGAAGACAUCAAGUAUGCAGAUCCCUCUAUUGUGCAUUAUCUUAGUGGACCUAUUAGAAUUCUCGAUGUAGAUGGUAAUCCAGCCAAGCCUGGUGAUCUUCUUGUUGUUGAAAUUUGCAAUUUGGGUCCUCUACCUGGGGAUGAAUGGGGAUUUACAGCAAUAUUUGAUCGGGAGAAUGGAGGUGGAUUCCUCACUGACCACUUCCCUUGUGCAACCAAAGCCAUAUGGUAUUUUGAAGGAAUAUAUGCUUACUCUCCGCAUAUACCUGGUGUAAGGUUUCCUGGUUUAACACACCCUGGUAUAGUUGGAACUGCACCUUCAAUGGAACUUCUUAACAUAUGGAAUGAGAGGGAAAGAGAACUCGAAGAAACUGGACUUCAAUCUCUAAAAUUGUGUGAGGUUCUGCAUUCAAGGCCACUAGCAAACUUACCAUCAACGAAGGGAUGCUUCCUUGGCAAGAUUGAGGAAGGGACUCCUGAAUGGGAAAGAAUUGCACAAGAGGCUGCAAGGACAAUUCCUGGAAGGGAGAAUGGAGGAAAUUGUGACAUCAAAAAUCUCAGUAGAGGUUCCAAAGUAUACCUUCCAGUAUUUGUCGAUGGAGCAAACCUGAGUACUGGGGAUAUGCAUUUUUCACAAGGAGAUGGUGAAGUUGCAUUUUGUGGCGCAAUCGAGAUGAGUGGUUUUCUAGAACUCAAGUGUGAAAUCAUUAGGGAUGGUAUGAAAGAAUACCUCACUCCAAUGGGUCCAACUCCUCUGCAUGUCAACCCCAUUUUUGAGAUAGGCCCUGUCGAGCCAAGAUUUUCAGAAUGGUUAGUAUUUGAGGGCAUUAGUGUUGAUGAGAGUGGGCGACAACACUUCCUUGAUGCUAGCGUUGCUUACAAGCGUGCAGUGCUUAAUGCUAUUGACUACCUGUCCAGAUUUGGAUACACUAAAGAACAGGUCUAUCUUCUACUUUCAUGCUGCCCCUGUGAAGGAAGGAUUUCAGGAAUAGUUGAUUCUCCCAAUGCUCUUGCCACUCUUGCAAUUCCAACUUCCAUCUUCGACCAGGAUAUUCGUCCAAAAACCAAUAAAGUACCUAUAGGACCUCGUCUUGUGAGGAACCCUAAUAUCCCACAGUGUAGCUAUGAUGGAAAGUUGCCGACCACCAAAAAUCCCUGUGCUACAACAUGA